CGCCUCUUCCUCCUCUUCUUCCUUCUCGAAUUACCUUAAUCCAUUCAUUGUUUCACUCAUUACAGUAUUUCAUUAUCCUGUCGUUGUCAGCCACAAUAACCUCAGCCUUUUUUUCACCAAGCAGACCUUAUGACUUGGUGAGCCACAGUGUAAAUAUCCGGUAGGAGGGAACAUUUUUCAGUCCUCAGUAUCACCCAGGAUGAAAGGUGGGGACGUUGCGUAAUUGUGAUGAAAGAUAUAAUGCAUCCUGUCCCCCUUUAUGCCUCUGAGUGCGUGUUCAUCAGCGCUUCACUUGCUGCGUAACCUGAGUCUUCUAGCCAGCUUAGUGUCUUCCCCUCCACUACCCCGUCCCCUCCCACCCACUGCCACCCUCUCCCUCCUUGAAUGGCUCUCAUAAACUUGUGGGGUCAGUGUGUGCCUACCUUCAGUUCGGGCCACAGAAAGGAGGCAGCUAAGGAGUGAUGGAGAAUGUGCUUGCGUGCUGGAUUGCAUGUCUCUCUGUGUGUACGUGUGCGUGUGCGCUUACUGACGGAAAAUGAGGAAAAACGAGUAAAUCGAAGUUCAUAAAAGGUCCCAUGCUUUUUAUGCUUUUUCAUCGCCGUUAUUUCUGGGAAUGCGCUGUUUUUUCCUGUGAGGUGACGCAGGGGCAGUGUGGCCGGCAGACGGAUAGUGUGUGUUCUACCACCACCAUCAUCCCCUCAGCACUGCGGGACGAGAAGAGAUAAAGCAUCGCGUGAAGAUCACAAGCCUCCAUGUCGCAGUAGCACAAUAAGAUCGGAAUCCCUCGUGUCCAAGUUGAGAGGGGAUCAGAGCAUCCUUGCCCGAGCACUGAGAGGAUCAGGAACUGUCAAGGGGGAUCAUGAACUCCUCCGUGUCAACUUCACCUGCGACAGGCACCGCGGGGACCACCAUGGACGACGAGAGCUGCAAGGACGACUGUUAUCUGCUGAAUCUGCUGAAUGAGCGCUCACACGUGGCCAUCAUCGCCUCCCGGUUACCACUGUCCUUAAUGCUGGGGGUCUUCUCCGGGAUAACCGUUCUGGUGACGCGGCGCACGGCUACACUGAUGGAGCGGCCGUCUGCUACACUCAUCACCAAUCUAGGAGUCACGGGGGCGCUGAUCGGUGGCAUCGUCUUCGUGGUCACAAUGCUGAAUCUUGUGAUGUACUUGUCCCUCAAAGCUAUAGUGGUUCUGGGGAUUGUGCUGCCUCGCACACUACACAUCGCGAUCUCCCUGACACUCACCUGCCUCACUCUAGACCGCUACCUGGCUCUCUGUCGCCCCUUGAGGUACCACGCCCUCCUCACAGACUCCCGGUGCUUUGUGCUAGUGGUCCUUUCCUGGCUCAUACCUAUCACUAUACUAGGCGUGGCUUGCAUCUACGGGAGGACCUUUAAACCAUGCACUGAUAUCCGGCCAUUCCUCGUGAUCUACCUCGUUAUGUUCAACUCUGCCAUUGCCACUAUGGUCGUCAUGUACUUCCUGAUUGCAAGGGAAUUCCGGCGGCCGCUAGAAGGCUCUGUGUUUCGGGAGGAGAUGGUCGCUGUGCGCCGCCGAACUGCCAAGGAGCUGAUGGUAGUGGUACUGCUCAACCUCCUGCUGGCGACUCCGGAUGUAGCGAUGCAGAUAUUCCUACUGAACUGCCCCGAGACACUGCCCGAGAUGUACUACGUGGUGCCGCAACUCCUGCUGGUUCACCUCCUCUGCUUCUACCCGCUCUACGCCUGGAAGAACCUCGACUUCCGCAAGGGAAUGCUGGAGACCUUCACCUCCUACAAGAACUCCCUCGCCAGUCUGCUAAGGGGGAUAUGCCAGUGGUCCUUCACCAGAGAGUCCUUCGCUAGGUUAUCCAGGACUUCCUCCAGCACGGCGUCCUCUGGUGUGUUGCUCUCUCCUUCUGCCACGACUAUGACUACCACUACUACUACUGCUACUGCUACUACUGCAGCUGCUACUACUGCGACUCCUACCACUAGUACUGCUGCGUUGUCCACAUCCACGUCUUCAUCCUCCUUGCCGUCUGUCGCCGCUGUCACGCCCUCAGAGGAAGAUAAUGCGGUGUUUUUUACAUGACGUUUGUGAUGAAGAUUAAAAGUGCUUCAUAGUAAAAUAUAAUUGUGUUUCAUUCCAUAUUUAUCUACGUUUAUCUCCAGUGAUCAUUAUUUUCUUACUACUACUACUACUACUACUACUACUACUACUACUACUACUACUACUACUACUACUGGUACUAUUACUACUACUACUACUACUACUACUACUACUACUACUACUACUACUACUACUGCUACUAUUACUACUACUACUGCUUCUAUUAUAAUUUCACUGUUUUCUUAAUUAGUAUAGAUUGCAGUUCUUGUUUUCGCCAGAGUGUUAUCUUGCAUCCAUAAACAUGCCUGCUUAUCCGUGUGUGUGUGUGUGUGUGUGUGUGUGUGUGUGUGUGUGUGUGUGUGUGUGUGUGUGUGUGUGUGUGUGUGUGUGUGUGUGCGUGCGUGCGUCAUUUCCGUUAUUGUUGAUUGUUACAUUUCCAAAUAACGUGAUUUUAUGAUAAUAAUAGUAAUAAUUAUAAUAAUAAUAAUAAUAAUAAUAAUAAUAAUAAUAAUAAUAAUAAUAAUAAUAAUGAUAAUAGUAAUGAUAAUAAAACGUGAUUUUUAAUGUGGGUAUCAUUUCC